CGGUGACAGAAACACCCAGAAAAUCUAGGUAGCCAAAACGACGCUACUUGGAAUCGUUUCACAGCCAAAGCUGCAUCCUUACAUGGAGAAGAAAAGCCUUCUCAAGGAUGAAACUCUGUUGUUGCAGCACCCAUUGCUGCUGCUUCUUGUUCUAGCUUUAGGAUUUGUUAUAAUGGACCCUCUUGACAUGGGUCCUGUAGGUGGCCAUGAGUUCAGGCCAGUGAAGCAUGAUAUUGCUUCGUACAAGCAGGUCAUGAUGAAGUGGCCAAGGGACAACAACAGCCGGUUGGGGGAUGGGAAGUUGGAGUUUGUUGAUCAAGUUUUUGGCCCAGAAUCAUUGGAAUUUGAUAGUUUCGGGCGUGGCCCCUAUGCAGGAUUAGCUGAUGGACGGAUUGUUAGAUGGAUGGGACAGGACAUUGGAUGGGAAACAUUUGCAAUUGUAACAACAAAUUGGUCAGAGAAGCUGUGUGCUAGAGGAGUAGACUCAACCACAGCUAAACAAUGGAAGCACGAGAAAUGGUGCGGUCGCCCACUUGGCCUGAGAUUCAGCAAGGAGACUGGAGAUUUGUACAUAGCUGAUGCUUAUUAUGGCUUACUAGUAGUUGGACCUGAAGGAGGACUUGCUACACCUUUAGCAACGCAAGCUGCAGGGAAGCCCAUACUCUUUGCCAAUGAUCUUGACAUUCAUAGAAAUGGAUCUAUCUUCUUCACAGACACUAGCAAGAGAUACAACAGAGUGAACCAUUUCUUUAUCAUGUUGGAAGGAGAAGCAACUGGUAGACUUCUGAGAUAUGAUCCUCCUUCCAAAACAACUCAUGUAGUCUUAGAUGGCUUGGCUUUCCCAAAUGGAGUACAGUUUUCUAAAGACCAAUCCUUCCUGCUUUUCACUGAGACUACCAAUUGCAGGCUAAUGAAAUACUGGAUGGAGGGUCCAAGAGCAGGAGCUGUUGAACUCGUUGCAAACCUUCCAGGUUUUCCAGACAAUGUAAGAAUAAAUGAGAAAGGCCAAUUCUGGGUGGCCAUAGAUUGUUGCAGGACUGCAGCACAAGAAGUUUUGACACAUAAUCCAUGGAUUAGAAGCGUCUAUUUCCGGCUACCGAUCCGAAUGAGCAUCCUGGCAAGGAUGAUGGGAAUGAAAAUGUACACAGUUAUCUCACUGUUCAAUGAAAAGGGAGAGAUCCUGGAAGUUCUUGAGGAUCAAAAGGGAGUGGUGAUGAAGCUUGUGAGUGAAGUAAAAGAGGUUCAAGGGAAGCUGUGGAUUGGAACAGUGGCUCAUAACCACAUUGCUACACUUCCUUACCCUUGAUAACUAAAUAAAUUCAGCUUCAUUUUGUUGUAACAGCAGCUGCUUCCUGGUCUUCUAAAUUAGGGUUCUUGACUUGGAAUUGUGUAAAACUAUUGAUGAUUAAAUGAAAUGAGGACUUGUAUU